AUGCUAACAUCAACCUUCGAUUCAAAUCUUCGAUUCAAUAUUUCAACAGACGAACAAACAGAGGAACAACAUUCCACUACCAAUACACGGAUAAUAUUUGAUCAAUCUAAAAAUGAGCCGUAUCAUUUUCAUUCCGGUUUUCGGCAAAUUCAUAAAAGAUUACGCAAUGAAUGGCGUUUAGAAGUUAAUACGGAUGAAAUUAAUGCAAAAAUCUUUACUGAAUGUUGCUUAUUUGUGAUACCGUAUCCAAAAGCGAAAUUUUUACAAAAUGAAAUUGAUCAUCUGAAAAAUUUCAUCGAUGACGGUAAUAAUGUAUUAGUAUUAAUGAACGAAGGUGGUGAACAAGCUGCUGAUACAAAUAUUAAUGUUUUACUUGAACAAUACGACAUUGCUUGUAAUAAUGAUUCUGUAAUUCGAACAACAUUUUACAAAUAUUUGGAUCCGAAGGAAGCAUUAGUUGCUAAUGGUGUCCUAAAUCGUGCUGUUACAUCAACAGCUGGCAAACUGAUGCAUUCAAACGAUGAAGAAAUUAACGCAUUUAACCUAAAAUUUGUUUAUCCAUAUGGAGCAACAUUGAAUGUUGGCCGUAAAUCAAUAGCAGUACUAUCAACGGGUAGCGUUUGCUAUCCAAACAAUCGACCCAUUUGCGCAUUUCAUCAAACAGAAAAAGGUGGUAAAUUGAUAGUUAUUGGUUCAGUUCAUAUUUUCACCGAUCAAUAUUUUGAAAAAGAAGAUAACAGUAAAAUAUGGGAUGUUAUUAUGAAAUAUGUAACGGAAGGUUUUGUUUUAAAUGCUGUUGACAGUAAGGAACCGGAUUUGAUGGAUACACAUUUUAUACCGGAUCAUAUUUAUUUAUCGGAAAAGAUUAAAGUAUGUCUACAGGAAGGUGAAUAUGAGAUGAAUCAAAGCAGCGAUUUUCUCAAAUGCUUUGAUAUUAGCCUCUAUGCUAUGGAUCUUUCCGUUUGGCCUAAAACUAUCAGGGCAUUUGAACAGCUUGGUUUAAAGCAUGAGCCACUUUCUCUUAUUGUACCACAGUUUGAAGUACCACAACCUCCACUUGCACCUGCUGUAUUUCCACCGAACUUUCGGGAACUUCCACCACCUCGGUUAGAAUUAUUUGAUUUGGAUGAUAUGUUCUCAUCAGCAGAUGUUCGCCUCGCUCAGCUAACCAACAAAUGUGAAGAAAGUGAUUUGGAAUACUUCUUGAAAGAGGCUGGUGAAAUUUAUGAUAUCACGAAAUGUUUACCAGAAAAUGAUAGAGGACCGAAAAAAGUACUUGAAUUUGUGCUCUAUCAAUUGGUCGAAUUUAAAAAGUUCAACCAGGAAAAAGAUGAUAUUGAUGUCGGAAAUCUGAAAAGGAUAUCCGACGACUUGAAUGAGCUUGUUGAGGAGGAUGAUGGGCGAUAUUUCUCGGAUAUUGAUGAGUAUGAUGACGUGAAUUAA